AUGCAGCCCUCAUUUCACCCGACUCCGACGAUUCUUUUUCCUAAGCUACCUCCGAACAUCCUGGUCGGCAUCGACCUCAUCACCCUGACAUCGGCACCCAAAUUUUACGGCAUCAGGGAUCUGCCCACAGGAUGGCAUUUGGUCUAUACGGGAACAACAGAGUCUCUGUCACUUCGCUGUGGGGCAUGGUUUCACGUGAACGAUACUGGCGCGGCCAGCGAUGAUGAAAAUAGCACAGCACUCGUCGCCGCACCCAACCUAACCACCCAGCCCGAAAUCUUCAUUUGGAAAUGGAACUCUGACACAGAGAGUUUAACUUCCUUGCUAAACAGGAACGAAGAUGACCGCCGAGAAUCCAUGCAAUACAAAGCCAACUUGGGUGCUAUCCGGCGGAUGGGGGGUCUUUUCCGAUACCAGAGUUGUGUGCCUCCAUCCAUGCUAGCCCAUAAACCUGACUUGACAAAACCUGCGCCAACACCGACGAAAGAAGACGAGGAGGUUGAGAAAAUUGCUCGCACCGAAUGGCUGAACCUGACAAGCUACAUAUCAUCAUCUCUUCUCUCUCGCAUCAUUGGAAGCCCGGAGGUGAAUGGAGAUGAUCAUUGCCGGUGGUUAGUUACGACUGCGAGCUCGGCAGAUCGUGAUUCAGAUCAUAUCCCUGGCCUUAGCAUUCCUACUGCUGGAUCAGGAGGAUCACCGUGGGCAGUGGGUGAGCUGGAAAGGGGACUCGAUUUUCUCCCCGUUGAUCUGAAGCGAACCUGGAGAGAAGGGGCAAUCGGGAGUGAAAGAACAGAAGGCGCGCAAGAUAAGUCUUGGGCAUUGGGAGAUCUUAUUCAACGCUACUCUAGCUCAUCGUCUAACGGAACAGCUGUGGAUCAGCGAUCGGGAGAAGUGCAACUACUCGGUGAACUCCAGUUCACAUUCCUUACAGUAUUGACAUUGAUGAACUAUUCGUGUCUACAGCAGUGGAAGCGAUUGUUAGAACUUAUUCUGACAUCUCGCGAAGCAAUCGUGACUAGGGAAGCCUUCAUGAGCGAUGUGGUUUCGCUACUGCUACGACAAUUGAAGAGAUGUGGCGACGUCGAAGGCGGAAUUUUCGAUAUCGAUAGAGAUGAUGGUGGACAAUUCGUCCACAAUCUUCUUAUUAGAUUCAAACGAUUGGUGGACCAAGUUCUUCCAGAUAACACCGAGUCGAAGGUUAAAAUGGAGUUUGCUAAGUUACAUGCGUGGGUAAAUGAGGAGUAUGACUGGGAACUGACACCCGCAGCAAUAGUCAAAAAGGGGAUGGUUCGACUUGAAGAUGGCGAAGAGGUCGAAUUGGAUUUGGAUGACAAUGAUGAAUACGAAGAAACUGGCGAAUAUGCGCCGAUGAUUGUUGAGAUUUAA